CGAAAACACUGGAAAUUGCGAUACUGAGCUAGUAAACACUCUUUCUGGAAGAAAAACGAUUAAGCACUCCAGCUAAACGUCCUGACAUGGAAACCAAGAAGCUAGGUGGUUUUGAUUUCUGGAGACAGACUUUAAACAGCUGCCAGUAUGUGGUGGCUCCAAUGGUUGACCAGAGUGAGCUGGCUUGGAGAAUGUUGAGUCGCAAAUAUGGAGCCCAGCUUUGCUAUACACCCAUGUUUCACAGCUCAGUGUUUGCUAGAAACGCCCACUACAGGCGGGAGUCGAUGCAGACUUGUCCUGAAGAUAGGCCUCUCAUCGUUCAGUUCUGUGGCAAUGACCCUGACAUAGUCCUUACUGCCGCCAAGCUAGCUGAGGACCACUGUGAUGCUAUAGACCUGAACCUGGGCUGUCCACAGAUGAUCGCACGCCGAGGACAUUACGGUGCCUACCUGCAGGAUGAGUGGCAACUACUUGAGAAAAUCGUAAGCAAGUGUCAUGCUGAGUUAAAGGUCCCCAUCACCUGCAAGAUCCGAGUGUUUGAAAGUGUGGAGAAAACAGUGCAGUAUGCCAAAAUGCUGGAAAAGGCAGGAUGCCAGCUGUUGACAGUGCAUGGUAGGACAAGGGAAAUGAAGGGAAAACAGACAGGCAUAGCUGACUGGAAGCACAUCAAAGCAAUCAAAGAGGCGGUGAAUAUCCCAGUGUUUGCAAAUGGUAAUAUCCAGUACCUGUCUGACGUUAAGAGAUGUAUAGAAGAGACGGGGGUAGAGGGCGUCAUGUCUGCAGAGGGUAACCUGCACAAUCCAGCGCUGUUCGCCAACAUAGAUCCUCCAAUUUGGCAGAUGUGUGAAGAGUACCUUGAUCUUGUCGAGAAAUAUCCCUGCCAGCUGUCCUACAUACGCGGACACAUCUUUAAAAUACUGCACCAUGGUCUCCACUUGCACCCUGACAUUCGGGACAUGGUUGGCGUGGCUAAAUCUGUUGAACCUCUCCGGCAAGCUGUGCAGCUCAUGAAAGAGCGAGGACUGAAAGAGAUGGAGGACGGAUCUAUUGACCCGAGGGAUGGCAUCUUUGGCCAACUUCCUCUCCCGUACUGGUACUGCCAGCCCUAUGUGAGGCCAAGCCCAGAGGAAGCAGAAGAAAAUCGUAAAAAGCGUGACCUUUUGACCAGGCCAUCAACUAUAGAGGUACUGGUUGCAGAAAAAGGCCUCUCGAAGAAAAAAGUGAAAAAGCGGCUACGUAACCCAAACAAGGACUUUGAUGGCAAGAAGAAGGUCAAGUUUGAGAUAUGUGGAAACUGCAAUAAUAUCAGGGGUCUGAAGUGUAACUAUAACCUGUGCAAAGGUUGCUGCAGAAAGAAGACUUCUCAAGAAGUGAUUGACUGUGAAGGUCACAGGAUACAUUUCACCACCCAUCCAGCCCUAGAGAAGAGAAAGCAUGCUGGAUCUGCAGGUUCUAAUUCUGACCGUGAAAACAAUACUCCCGAAGAUAGCUGUGAUGUUAACUCUGAAAACCCUCAGGUAUCUGACGUUACAAAUGAUGCUGAGCUUGACAUGAAAAUGGAUUCAGCGCAGAUAUGUGAAAAACUUGGCUUAAAUGAUGGGCUUAGCAAUUCGUAAAAGAAUGUUCGAGUCUGAGCUUUUGUUUCAGGUGCACCCAUA